GCGCGCAGCUUUUCGCCGGGCGGGAUUUCCGCAAUAUCAACUAUGGCGAAGACGUACGAUUAUUUGUUUAAGUUACUGCUAAUCGGAGACUCCGGUGUCGGGAAGACCUGCGUGCUGUUCAGGUUUUCAGAGGAUGCUUUUAACUCGACAUUCAUCUCCACCAUAGGCAUUGACUUUAAGAUUAGAACGAUAGAGCUUGACAACAAGAAGAUAAAGUUACAGAUAUGGGACACAGCAGGGCAGGAGCGAUUUCGAACAAUCACAACAGCAUACUACAGAGGCGCGAUGGGUAUCAUGCUAGUCUAUGACAUCACCAACGAGAAGUCCUUCGAAAACAUAAAGAACUGGAUACGGAAUAUAGAGGAGCAUGCAUCGGCUGAUGUUGAAAAGAUGGUCCUCGGUAACAAAUGUGACAUCAAUGACAAACGGCAGGUGUCCAAAGACCGGGGAGAGAAGCUGGCGCUGGAGUACGGUAUUAAGUUCAUGGAGACUAGUGCAAAGGCCAACAUCAACGUGGAAAACUCGUUUUUGACACUUGCCAGAGACAUCAAAUCAAAGAUGGACACAAAAUUGGAGGGCAGCAGUCCUCAGGGGAGCAGCCACAAGGUGAAGAUCUCUCAGCCCCAGAAGAAGAGCAGCUUCUUCCGCUGUGCCCUACUGUGAGGACCAGACCAUGGGUGUAUACCAAAUGGCCCACUAUUCCAUAUAUAGUGUGCUAUGUUUGACCAGGGCCCAUAGAACUCUAGUCAAAAGUAGUGCACUAUGUAGGGACUAGGGUGCCAUUUGGGAUGCAUACCAAAGGCCUUACUUACCCUCCGCCUGCCCUGGCUGGGAUAUGCUGGGGUGCUGGCUGGACACAACUGGACUGUGCUUGCUCCCAGCACCCCCCUCUCCUUCUACCCUAUUCCCUUCAGCCAGUCCCAAUUCACUCCCCGCCUCUUCCCCUCGGCCCUAACCCUUAGAUGUGUGUGUAUCUGAAGUGUUUGAAUAGGUACAUGCAGUUGUUUACACCUUGCAUAUACAGUGAGCUCCAGAAGUAUUGGGACAGUGACACGUGUGUGGUUGUUGUGGCUCUGUACUCCAGCACUUUGGAUAUUUGUGCAUCUGUCAUUUUCCUUUUCACUCGUCAUUAUUCACGAUUCAUUCAGGAUUAUCCGUAACCAUGGUAGCAUCCACAUUUAAUGUAGAUGUGUUAAGAAACAAUUAUAUUAUUAUUUACAAUAAAAGUGACUGAAAAAUAGCACAAUAACAAACAGCAAAUGCAUCCAACAAAUUUGUAGAAUCACAAGCUUGACGUAGUCAUUGUGUGCUAUGAAUAUAUGACCAAAUACUUCACUUUUAAUUACGUGAAUACAUAAGUGAAUUUGUCCCAAUACUUUAGUUCCCCUAACAUGGGGUGGGACUAUGUACAAAAAAGUGCUGUAAUUUCUAAACGGUUCACCCGACAUUGAAAAUACCCUCAAAUUAAAGCUGACAGUCUGCACUGGAGUACCGAACCUAAACAGCCAAAAAUGUGUCACUGUCCCGAUACUUUUGGAGCUCGCUGUUUGUGAACAUCGAAGACUUGGGGCCAAUGGUAAUUGGUAAGGAGAUAAUUAGGACAGGUUGCCUCUCUCUCUCCCUCACUGUCCACCUCUCCCAACGUCACGCCCUGGGGUAGCUGGAGUACGGUAACCGCGACUCCAUCCACAAUGGCCCCGUGACACCUGGUAAUGCUGCUGUCCUUCCUGCGGCACACCAACCUCCUGUUUUCUCUCACCGCGGGUCGGACAGACACACCAACCUCCUGUUUUCUCUCACCACGGGUCGGACAGACAGACCAACCGGUGGAAACACCACUUGUUUUUUUUUUUUUAAAGAAGGUUCAAAUGACAUGUCACACAGAAAAGAUGUGCUCUUCUUCCUGUUUCACACUAGUCUCUAUGUACAUACAUUUUUCACACGCAGCCACCUGGCUCCACACCUGCCAAAGUUGGAGCCCCGUUUACUUUUCAGUUCCAAUCGCUUGAAUGACCCAAAGGUUUGGGAUUGGGAACAUGAUGCGUGGAUGUUUAGAUACUAUUUGUAGACCUCUCUUCCCCUAGCCACAUUGUUAACAUGAGCCAGAGACUGAUAAGCUUAUUUUUUGAUGAAACAGAGUUUUUAAAUGAAUAUAAUAUGACUUGAAGAUUCACAAUCCUUCAGGAAAGAUUGAUCGCUAAAUAAUUUAAUUACGCAGACUAAAAGAAAAUUCAAUUUAAUGAUAUUCCGUUUUGUUUACAUUCCAAGAUAAUAAUUUGAUGCUAUUCUAUACUUGCAACAGGCCUCUCUUCCUGGACAAAGUUAUUGUACCGAAGUGUUUGACUUGUUUACUGCCAGUCCCAGAUGUUGUCUUGAGAACAAACACACAGCCUCUUAACCAUAGUGCUGCAGCACCACCUGAAAAAUUUGAAUUUAAAAAUAUAUUUAGACUUUUUUUUUUACAUACAUACAGUACCAGUCAAAAUUUUGGACACCUACUUAUUCAAGGGUUUUUCAUUAUUUGUGCUAUUUCUUUCUACAUUGUAGAAUAAUAGUGAAGACAUCAAAAUUCCAUGUGUUAUUUCAUAGUUAUUUAGUAACCAACAUUUUUUUAUUAAACAGAUCAACAUAUAUUUUAGAUUCUUCAAAGUAGCAACCCUUUGCCUUGAUGACAGCUUUGCACACUUGGGAUUCUCUCAACCAGCUUCACCUGGAAUGCUUUCCCAACAGUCUUGAAGGAAAAGUACUAAGCACAUGUUGGCUGCUUUCUUUCACUUUGUGGUCCAACUCAUCCCAAACCAACUCAAUUGGGUUGAGGUCAGGUGAUUGUGGAGGCCAGGUCAUCUGAUGCAGCACUCCAUCACUCUCCUUCUUGGUCAAAUAGCCCUUACACAGCCUGGAGGUCUGUUGGGUCAUUGUCCUGUUGAAAAACAAAUUAAAGUCCCACUAAGCCCAAUCCAGAUGGGAUGGUGUAUCUCUACAGAAUGCUGUGGUAGCCAUGCUGGAUAAGAGUGCCUUGAAUUGUAGCAAAUCACACCACCUCUGUGUUUCAUGGUGGGAACCACACAUGUAGAGAUCAUCCGUUCACCUACCCUGCAUCUCACAAAGACACGUGCAGUUGGAAUUAAAAAAUCUCACAUUUGGACUCACAUCAGACCAACGGACAGAUUUCCACCAGUCUGAUGUCCAUUGCUCGUGUUUCUUGGCCCAAGCAAGUCUCUUCUUCUUGUUGGUGUCCUUUAGUACUGGUUUCUUUGCAGAAAUUUGACCAUGAAGUCCUGAUUCACGCAGGCUCCUCUGAACAGUUGAUGUUGAGAUGUCUUUUAAUUGAACUCCGAAGCAUUUAUUUGGGCUGCAGUCUGAGGUGCAGUUAUUCUAAUGAACGUAUCCUCUGCACCAGAGGGAACUCUGGGUCUUCCUGGGGAACUCAUUUCCUGUGGCGGUCCUCAUGAGAGCCAGUUUCAUCAUAGCGCUUGAUGGUUUUUACAACUGCACUUGGAGAAACUUUUCCGACUUGACUGACCUUCAAGUAAUGAUGGACUGUCGUUUCUCUUUACUUAUUUGAGCUGUUCUUGCCAUAAUAAUGACUUUGCCCUAUUUGGUAAAAGAACAUCUGGUUAAGAGAUGCCAAGAGUGUGCAAAGCUGUCAUCAAGGCAAAGGGUGGCUACUUUGAAGAAUCUAAAAUACAUUCUGAUUUAACACUUUUUGUGGUUACUACAUGAUUCCAUAUUAGCUAUUUCAUAGUUUUGAUGGCUUCACUAUUAUUCUACAAUGUUAAAAAAUAAGAAGAAAAACCUUGGAAUAAGUAGGUGUGUCCAAACUUUUGACUGGUACUGUAUGUUUUGACAAGUGUACAGCACUGGGCCUUAAAUAGUCUUGUAUUAGCUUCCCACGGCUGUGCUCUUAACACAAGGCCUGAGGCUACUUUUUCUACUCUAGAACAUUCUUGUGUGAAAUCUGUUGAAAUGUGGCCCAAUGGAGCAGGGCUAUUUAAUUCUUAACCUACGAGGUCCGGAGCCUGCUGGUUUUCCAUUCUACCUGAUAGUUAAUUGCACCUACCUGGUGUCCCAGGUGUAAAUCAGUCCCUGAUUUAGAGGUGACAAUGAGAAAAUGCAGUGGAACUGGCUUCGAGAUCCAGAGUUGAGUUUGAGGCCAAUAGAGCGUUGACACGUAGCCAACCUGAGCAUUAGCUCCUGGUAGUGGAGAGACGGACUGAUUAGUGUCUGAAAUGGCACUCCAUUCUCUAGUGCACUACUUUUGACCAGAGCCCUAUGGGACCUGGUCAAAACGAGUGCACUGUAUGGAAAUUAGGGUGCCAUUUCGAAAGCAGCGAUAGUGGGGUUUUUUUUCUCUUCGGUCCAAGUUACAGCAACAACAUCCAUUUAUAAGCUCAUGUUUAUUCCCAGCUAUAUGACGUCUCUGGUAGUUAGCUAGUGAAACACUCCGCUUUUUCAUUCUAAACUGGAGUGGCUGUCUGCUAGUACAAACAUCCAUGUUACAAUGUGGACGGACAAACAGAUCCAAUGCAAUCCAUCCCUUUGCACUUUACCAGUAAACCUGAGUGUUGUGUGUAGUCUGUGCCAAGUGAUAGUUUUGCAAUAUAGAACAAGCAUAUUUUUGUCCAUUUUAAUUGAAUGACAUGAUCUGGUAAUGGUUGGUAGAUACUUUGGGCACAUUUUAGAUUAGUGUUGUUUAUUACGCCUGUAUUACGCCUUUAUAAAUUGCUUCCUCCCCGUUGCUACUUCUGAUAUGACUUGUGUUCUAUGGUUCAGGGCCUUUGGUCACAAAUGUCUCUGAAUAUUAAUGCUGACCUAGGCUAAGGUUGUCUUAUUCGUUGUGAUUUAAAGACAAAACUGAUUCUAGAUCAGUAUCCUGCUCUGAGACGCUUUAAGAAUACAGGCCCUGGUAUCAGUUUUUAGUAAAAAGGGUUUUUAGUUGUAUGCUACUGCCCUGACAAAUUUGAGUAUAAUCUAAAUGUGAUGUUCUCUUGGCUUAUGAAGUCAAGCUAAAACUUCAUCAAGGUCUUGUGAGUCUUGGUUUUAUGUGGUCGUGUCUGUCUUUUUUUGGUCAGUACCUUGUUUGACAGCUAGGUGGCAGCACAUCACCACCGGCAGCUGUUUAUAACAUUGGAAUAAUGCAUUGAAAGAAAUGUCCUUAGUUAUGAAUUGAAAAAUCCAUUGAAAAGCAGUGUGAUAUUUUUGAAUAUGUUUUGGAAGUGCUAGGAUAAAAUGGUGUGUAUAUGUGAUACACACCUAGCAUCGCUUGUGUCCUACGUUGAUACAGUGUUUAACCAUUGAGUCCUCUUACUCCCAACACUUCCCAGUUUGUCCCUUCCUGUUCUAUUAAAUGUCUGUGUUUUGAAGAGUUUAAAAAAUAGCCUGAGUUCCAGUCUGUUUGUGUUAUAAUACCAACUCCUUGUCACUCAUCGUCAUGUUUAGCUUGACAAUGAAGUUGGCAGGGGCACAAACAGAUCUAGGACCAGGCUAAAACAAUGAAAAUACAUGCACAACAUUGACAGGAGGGCUCCUUUAAACUAGCCUUCCCCUUUUUCGAUAUCUACUGUACUGGGACCUGCUGCUGCACCUGCCUCUCAACCACGUCUUAAUAAUAACUAAUACUCUUCCCGGUUUGGACCUAGCCUGGUCCCAGAUCUGUUUGUGCUAGUUUUCCAUCCAAUUGGGGACAGAUUUCCAUGUGAAUAUUUGUAAAAAAAUCUGCAUAAAAACAAUACAUGCAUUUUCCCACCAGAGAUGUUUCCGUCAAAUUGUAUAGUUCCUGAUAAAAGACGUAAGUGAUGACGUAGUGCACAUAAAAACAAUUCAAUGUGCCGAAUAGGAAAAUAAACUCCGCCAAAAAAUAAACGUC